AUGACGCAGCUGUGCGUCGAGCGUUCCGGGUCAUGCCGCUUGCAUCUGCAGCGCCCUGUUCAGCAGAGUGCACUCAGCGGCAGGCCUGAGGGCGUUAGACUCGAAUGCACUUCUGCGUCUUUCAUCGUCAAUGCACCGAUGCACCUGCCAUUUACACAGUUAGAAGAACCUGCACGAGACGCAAGCGAGCGAUUACAGUGGGACGCCAGGGCGGCUGGUCUCCAGCCACGUGAACAAGUUGCACCCACAUCGCGGCGAGAAGACGAAGCGAACUAUGCCUGGGAGCGACGCUAUGAACGUAGCUGGGAGGCCAUAGGUGUCAGCGAUGCUGGCGGGGGUAUCUUCCGUCGAGAUGCUCUUGAUCAACAGCGCCAACGGCACCGUGACUUGGAACGUGUUUUGCAGGACAGCGCUGCUUCCGCUGCACGUCGCCGCGUUGGUCGUGCGCUAGGCCUCAUUCGCUUUCUGGUGCUGGCGCUGGACCUCUCCGCUGCGGUGCGCUCGCGCUCGCGAUCCAGCUUAAGUAGUAGUAGCCAAGACCUGAAACCUUCCCGCUGGUCGGCAAUUCUGUCGGGCGCUCAGUAUUUUGUUCAGGACUUUUUCAGCGAGAACGCCGUAUCCCAGCUGGCGAUUGUUAUCCUCCAGGACGGCAUUGCCGCGCAGGUAAGCGAGAUGUCGGGUUCUGUGCGUCUGCAUAUUGAUGCGCUGCGCAGUCUUCAGCGAGGCACAAACAAAUUUCUCCACGACGGAGACGGCGGCCAGACCUCUCUCCAGAACUGUCUAGAGCUGGGGCUCCGGAUUCAUGCAUCUGUCCCGAGAUUCGGCACCAGAGAGAUGCUGAUUGUCUACGGAGGGUUAUCCACAUGUGAUCCAGGUGAUAUACAUAAGACUAUCCAGAACUGUGUCGACGCAAGUAUUCGGGUGAGCGUGAUCGGCUUAGGUGCCGAAGUUUACAUCUUGCGGGCUACAGCGGAGCGAACACAGGGCACCUAUCGUGUACCCAUGGAUAAUGAUCACUUCCAUCAGCUGCUGCGACAACAGGUGCCACCACCGCCACCACCGCCUCAGGCUUCACGUUCCACGAAACACCUGGAACCAUCCGAGGCACCGUGGACGGCCAUGCAGAUGGUCAUGGGCUUCCCCCCGAAACUCGCUAGAGAUCGCGUAGUUGUCGCCAUCGAUACACGAAAGGCGUGCCGCCUCGGAUUCGAAUGCCCACGAUGCCGGCAAUGGCUGUCCGAAGUCCCCGGUAACUGCAUCCUUUGCGGGCUCACGCUUACCAGCGUACUCCACCUGGCUCGCUCGUAUCAUCACAUCUUUCCAGCACCGCGUUUCGAGGAGCGUGAAGAGCCUUCCUCUUCGCGUGCGAGCGCGCUCAUGAGCGAUGAGGAAGGUUUCAGCGUAUCUCCAUCUUCGGUGCCUGAGCGUAUGCCGGAUGCGGCCGCACCACCCGUGAAAUGGCAAUGCAGCGGCUGUUCCCGCACUUUAUCGACAAAGGAUGAUCUGCAGCUGCAGUGCACUGGUAUAUGUCGACAGCUUUUUUGCAUUGACUGCGAUCAGCUCGUCCACGAGCGAUUGCAUACGUGCCCGGCCUGUCUGGCGAUGAGCCUGAAUAUGCGGCAGCGCAGCAUCCCGCGAACGAUCACCUGA